AUCUACCUGAGCCUUGUCAUUUGGGUACUUCAGACUGACGAAAUUUCCUUGUUGACUAUUAAGCAGCAUUAGGAGGGAAUAGAUGUACAGUAAUAAGUGGCAUUAACUGCAGUUGACUGUAUUUUGCGAUGAAACAUUUGGCUCACGAUAUAUGAGGAGAGGUAGAUUUUUCUAGAUGAGCUGGAGUGUCGGUAGGAAGUAAUAUGGCGGCAAAUCUCAACAAGAUCAUAACGAAGCCACAAAACCGUGGUUUUAUAGUCCGAAAGCCUGUAAAGACAACAGCCGAACAAGAAAAGGCUCUACGGGAUCAGCUUCACAUUGAGAUCGAGAACAAAUCUAAAGCUUGCUCCAACCCCACUUACGACUGUUCGAUACCACGAGUAGAAGGUUUUGAAUUUUGCAUCCGACAUAUCCUUCAGGAUCCCCGUGCCCCAUACAAACAGUGUGCCUACACAUAUCCGAGUAAUGGCAAGAAAUGUUUGCAACCAGCUCCAAAAUACGACGGGAAAAAAGAACCUGGACUCACAAACUAUUGUUUUGAACAUAGUCGUUUGAUACAAUUGACAAAAACACGGAAUACAGUGGGAAAGUACAAACAAGUUGAAACAAAUGAAGCUUUUAUGAAUGAGCUUACACAUCAUAUUAAAAUUGAUGGUUCGUCGACAAAUUUUACUGAGACAGAUGAGGAGAUUGAUGUUGUGUCUGCUAAUGCUGAUCCUUUCAUACAUUAUGUUCAUUCGGCAGAUUUUGAAAAUAUUGGGAAGGACGAGCCCCCGAAACGCAGACUUUUGGACUAUGCCUCAGAUUCUUCGUCAGAUGAAGACAUGCCCACAACAAGCAAUACGUGGCGAUCACAUGAAUGGGACAAUUCCGAUAAUGAAAGCGUCGAUUCCCAAAACGAGGAUUUACUCAAGCACGCUGGUAUUUACACUACCGAGGAAGCUACAAUGAUAACCAAACAAAAAAUGAUGCGCUUGCAAGUUCUCUACAUGGAGCAGAUUCUACGUUUGCAGCAUUUAUUGAAAGAAAAACGAAGGAAAUAUUUACAGGCCAUCAAAAAGGAGCGCGAAACGCUAUGCAGUAUCCAUGACCAACCCAAAGACACACCUCAAGAAAGGAAACUGUACCGCAAACUCAAAGCUCUAAAUCGUUACCACAAACGAUAUGGAAUGGAAGCAGUUCUCUAUAGAAAGUACAAAGAAAAACGUGAUCGUGCCACAGAAGGCUUGAGUUACAAGCCGCCAUCAUACCAAAAGUGCAUAUUUUCAGAAGGUGGAGUGAAGUGCGGUGAUCGCGCUAUUCCGAGUUGUAAAUAUUGUAAAAAACACAUCCUGGAAGACAAGAAACAAGUCCUGUUCAGGGCUUGCGGUGUCGAAAAGAGUGGGAUAGUUUGCCAAGAACCAGUGCCCAAUAUUUUCGAGGAUGCAACUUGUGUAUUGCACUUGGAUCUGCCGCCGGCAAAAGCAUAUACCCAGAAGAAAUUUGAAUCAGAAACAGAAGAAGAGGAGGAAGCUAGUGACACAAUCAUAAAGAAAGCCGACGAUGAUAUAAAACUAGAAACUGAAGAAAAUAUAUCGUCAGCGACAGAUAUAACGGCAGCCCAAUUGGUGGGGACAGCCUCUUCAGAAACGACGAACUCUACCGCCCUGUCAACAUCGUCCAGAGAAAAAACGCCGGAAAUUGUUGGUGAAAAAUCACAAGAUGUUGAUAUGGUUCCUGUGGAAGACAACGAUCAAAAUGUAACAAUUUCACAUGAACAACAAAGCAGUACAUCUACAGCAAAGGAGAAAGGAAAAGAGCCAACAAAUGAUGCCAUCAUUGAUGCUGGGACAAACUCUGACGUUGAUAUGGAGAAGUUGGAAGUCACUGAUUCACCGAAACCAGAAGAUAUCGAAGCAGAUGAUGACACAAUGUCACCAGAAGUCACAAAAGAAGAUUGAAAACUGCCAAAGGUUGGCUUCACAAGUUGUUUUAUUUUUAUUUUAUUGAAUGAUAUGGAGCGUAAAUAAAAGUUUUGUUGGAUAUGA